AUGACAUGCUCUCUUGCAUCGAACUUCUCAAAUUAUCAUUCGGGAGUUAUUUUUUCUGGAGAUCCCUUUAUUCCAGUCAGUCAAAUCAAUAAUGGGCCGAUAACAUACACAAAAUCAAAAGAAAAUCUUAUCGAAAUAAUACCCCUUACGUACAGAUUCCAAGAAAGGAAGGAAGGACGUGCAUUUUUCUUUACAAAAAAUCGAGAACAUGCGCAGAUGUUCGAAAAUUUCUAUGAGUAUUAUCCGAAAAUGGGAAAUUGGCGAUAUACUGAUUUUUACAAUGAAGUAAACUGUAAGAUUUACGUUUACAGAAAUUGCUAUGCUACUUUCAAUGGUGAGUUUUCGAAUGGUACACAUAUUAUUAGGCCACCUUAUGAUACUGCCAAAAAUUGGAUUCGAAAUUCGGAAUCAGGCAACGUUAUUGCUUCAUACAACUAUGCAAUGGUCUUUGGCCAUGCAUUAACAGAAAAUAUUCUACACUUAUUCUGUGAUACUAUAUGCCCGUUGUUAGCUGUACCACAAUAUCUUUCAGAGAAAGCUCAGCUGAUUAUAUUUGGACUCCCUCACAUAAUUAAGGACAUUUGUGACGUCUUAGACAUUCCACCAGAUCGAUAUACCAUAAUAAACAAAGGUGAAUGGAUUGCAGCGCAACAUCUUAUUGUUGCAGCAGAACCUCGGCCACAUGUUUCCCAUUAUGGGCCACUUCCUAGUUUCAUUGCCGAAAAAGUCAGAAAGAAAUACCAUCUAGAACAUGUUAUUCCUACAAAGUAUGUUUUUCUAAAUAGAGAUGGAAAAGUACGGCAGAUAUCAAAUAUUGAAGAAAUUAUGAAUGAAGCGAGAAAAAUGUGGCCCAACAUAAAUUGGACUCAAAUACCCGACACUAUUCCAACAUUCCAAGAGUCUGCCAUCAUUUGGUCGCCAAUUAAAUUUGUUUUUACAAUAACUGGAUCACAAAUUUUUCGAUGCAUAUUUAUGCAGCCAGGAACAGCAAUGGUUGUUCUUUUCUUGCAUAUUUUUGAUACAUUUGUUACAUGGUUCAUUAACUCAAUGGAUAUAAGAACUAUUACUUUUGCUAGCACUGACAAACUACAUUGGGGAAGUCAAGCAAAUAAUUUUGAUAUCAAAGAGUGCAUGAGAGCAAUUGAAGUGGCUUUAUAUAAUUUGGAUCAUAAUAAUACUUGGCCAGAAGUCGAUCCAUCUGAAGGAUUUCCUGAUUAUUAUCCAUGGUAUUAG